AUGAAGGCGAUUCUAUUACUUCUUAUUGUUAUCAAUGUCAGCGAUGCUUUCCUACAUUUCAGCAAAAACAAAACACAAGUAACAAAUGACCAUCGCAUCCUCGCCAACGUUAAAAUCUACUCAAAUCUUGCAGAAAUCAUUCAACCACUCGGAAAACUACCUCUCGAGUUCUCCGAAGAUGACUGGAGAGAUAUUCGUUCCGAUUCACUUACACUCGUCGGCUCCAACGUCACGGUCACACAACAAACUAUCACCGAAAAAAAACAGUCACUCAACAACGCUCAUGUCUUCGUUCGUGCGCCUUCAUCAUCCAACACCGAAAGCAAAUUCGUCAAAGCCACACUCGUCGAUGAAAAGCGAAAUCUCGUCAAGCUCAUCGACAAAGAUAUCAGUAAAGAGCCGAUCUAUUUCACUGCUUCAUCUGAUCACAUCGUAUAUGAAAGUGAUCCACCACAAUCGAAAUACUAUGUGAACUUUACAUUCGACACAAGUGAUGCCGUGUAUGUGAGUUAUCUUCGAUCAAAUCUCAACUGGAAGACCCGAUAUCAACUGAAUUUGUUUGACGAAUCGAAGAGUGUUGUUUUGAUCUCGAUGGCUGACAUUCGAAAUGAUGGUCAAUCACGAGUUGACAUUGAACAUGCUGAAUUAUUGGGCGGUGACAUCAACUUGCAAAUACAUUCGAAUUUAUAUUGGAAAUCAGGCCCCUCAAUGCACGAAGGAGCUGCGUUCGAUAAUUCUGCUGGGAUAGGUGUGGCAAGUAGAAAAUCUUUUGUGCCAAGCGUCGGUCAAGGCGAAGAAGUUGCUGGCUUAUACGUCUUUACGGUCAGCACUCCUUUUUCUAUUGAAGGAAGAACUAACUAUCUGUUGCCGAUGUUUCGCCCACGUGUUACCAUUGAGCGAUUCGCCUUAAUUUCAAAAUAUUUUAGCACUGCUGGCGCAUCGAAUGGCAAAGCUCAGCGAUCGUACCGUCUAUUGUCUGAUCGAUUUUUGUCGAAAGGAAACUGUGUCAUUCGUGAAUAUGAUCGUCUUGUCGGUGAAACAUCAUUACCAAACUUAGCCGCCAAGAAUUCCUAUGAUUUUUCAAUUGGCGAAGAUGCGGACGUUGUUUACAAGGAAAAUGUUACUCUGAUAUCUUCGCAAGCUUUGAGCUCUGUGAGCAGUUCAUAUCAUGGAACACAGGGACAAAUAAAAACAACAUAUAAUGUAAACUUGUACAUCAAAAGUUAUAAAAAUCGUCCAUUUAAACUUGAAUAUCAACAACAUGUACAUGCAAGUUCAGUCAAACUGAUCGAACCACGCACGAAUUUUACACUCGAAAAUUCAGCUGUCAAAUAUAGAACAACAUUAGCAGCGAAUGAAGAAAAAGUUUUAUCCUAUAAACUUGAAGUGGUUAAUUAA